AUGGGGUACAUGAAUGAAGACCUUAAGCUCCACACGCUCAGGAAUGGCCUGGAGCUCACCACCAAGGCAGCAGCCACAUGGACCAGGACCAACCUCGCGCAAGCGCUCAGGAAGAACCCGUUCCAGGUGGACAUCCUCGUGGCCGGCAUCGACGAAGAUGGUCCCGGGCUUUACUUCUUGGAUAUGUACGCGAGCAUGGAGAAGGUAAACAAGGCCGCCCACGGCUAUGGCGCGUCGUUCACGUUCGGCCUGAUGGACCGCUUCUGGCACCCAGAGCUCACGGAGGAGGAGGGGAUUGCCCUUAUCAAGAAGUGCAUCAAGGAGCUCGAGGUGCGCUUCCUGGUUAACUUGGGCAGGUACAGCUGCAAGAUCGUCGACAAGGACGGCCCCAGGGUGGUGGAGCUGUACGACGACGACGGGCGCCUGAAGCCGUAG